AUGCGAUCGAUAUUGACAGUGACCGUUAUUUGCAUGUUUGCAGUUGCAAACGGAAGCUACAUGACCAAGGAUGUGAAAAACGGUGAUAAAACGUUUCUCGUAAAACAGAAGGCGAUUUUGGAAAUAUUUCAACAUAUUCAUCAGCCGGAACUUCACACGAGUCUUUGGGAUGACUCCAAAAAGUACGACGUAGAACAAAACUUGGAUCACUACACCAACGUUAAAGCGGUGAAGGAAUUUGUUGAUUUAUACAAUCAUGGAAUGUUACCGAUGGAAGAGAUCUUCUCCAUUCACAAUGAAUUCCACCGAGAGGAAGUUAUUGCACUGUUCCAUUUGUUCUACUACGCCAAGGAUUGGGACACAUUUUACAAGACCAUGUGUUGGGCCCGUUUCCAUGUCAAUGAAGGUAUGUUCGUGUACGCAUUGACCGUUGCUAUUCUUCACCGACACGACAUGCAGGGAAUCGUCCUUCCUGCUCCAUAUGAAAUCUAUCCGUUUUACUUCUUCAACGAUAUGGUUAUCAGUAAAGCUCAGCGGUAUAAGAUGCAAGGAUUCUACAAGAUGAAGAAGAUUAAUGAUGUCUACACUGCCGUGAUUCCGAGCAAUUACACCAGCUAUUACGUACACACAGGACCAGAUCAACGUGUCGCUUAUUUCACCGAAGACAUCGGUCUCAACUCGUAUUAUUAUUACUUCCACGCAGACUAUCCUUUCUGGAUGGGAGGAAAAGAAUUCGGACUGUAUCAGGACCGCCGAGGAGAGUUCUACCUCUAUCAGCACCAACAAUUGCUUGCCCGUUAUUAUUUGGAGAGGUUGUCCAACGAUCUUGGGGAGAUCCCACCAUUCACCUGGCAUAAACCAAUCACAACUGGUUACUACCCGUACCUACGUUACUACAAUGGAGUUCCUUUCCCAGUGCGUGACAAUUUUUAUGCUGCAACGACGGACAAAAGUUAUCUGCUGGAAGAAAUUGAGGACUACGAGCACCGAAUACUGGAAGCCAUCGAUCAAGGCUACGUCAUCCUUCCCAAUGGGGAAUACGCUAAUAUCACUACUCCAGCAAGCGUGGAAUAUCUCGGUAAUCUCAUCCAAUCAAAUGGUGAUAGUGUCAAUAAUCGCUACUACGGCUAUCUGGAAAUCAUUUCAAAAUUCUUCCUGGGAGGUUCCUUCAAAAUGUUCAACGAGUAUCGUUUUAUACCAUCCGUUCUGGAGAAAUUUGAAACCACUAUGCGAGACCCCGUAUUUUAUCAACUCUACAAGCGUAUAAUCAGAUUCUACUAUCGUUUCCUAGACCAGUUUCCAUCCUACACCAAGGAGCAGCUGGUCUUCCCUGGUGUUAAAAUCGAGUCUGUUGAGAUGGAUAAACUGGUAACGUACUUCGACAAAUUCGAUGCCGAUAUCACCAAUGCCGUGGAUGUUGAAGUGUUCGAUACCACUACUAUGCAGACUACCGAAAUGAAGAAGUUUGGAAAAAUGGCUCACUAUCAAGGGGAAGACUUCGUUAUCUACGCUCGUGUGCCGCGACUUAACCAUCUACCGUUCAGCUUCAAUCUGAACGUAGUUUCCGACAAGUCCCAAAAAGCUGUUGUUGUAGUAUUCGUCGGACCUAAGUAUGACCAAUAUGGAAACGUUUACGGAGUAAACGAAAACCGUGAAAAUUUCUUCGAGUUAGAACACUUCCUUGUCGACUUGGUACCUGGUAAGAACUUGAUCACUCGCAACUCACAGGACUUCAGCUGGUUUGUCAAGGAUCGAACGACCUACUUCGAGCUGUACAAGAAGAUUAUGCUGGCCUACCAGGGCCAGUCUAAGUUCCCCCUCGAUAUGUCCGAGGCGCACUGCGGUUUCCCGGCACGUAUGAUGCUACCGAAGGGUAAAAAGGGCGGAAUGCCGUUCCAAUUUUUCUUCAUGGUCUCUCCGUACUUUGCACCGAAGGUUGAACGCUUCACCGGUUACGAUCCGGUGCUGUCCUGUGGAGUCGGUUCCGGGGCGCGAUACAUCGACCAGCUGCCAUUCGGCUAUCCUUUUGAGCGCAAGAUCGACGAGAGCGUCUGGUUUACGCCGAACAUGAAGUACUACGAAACCAUGAUCUACCACAAGAGCGAAACGGAGGUUAAUCCGGUGGUUGUUUGA